GCGCCGCCCGCCGCCGCCGCCGCCGCCGCGCCGCUCGCCGCGCUCUUCCAGCACCCGCUGUACCGCGCCGCGCUGCCGCCGCUCGCCGACGCCGACGUGCUCUUCAACGUCAACAGCGACAUCAGGUUCAACGCCAAGGCGGCCGAGCAGAGCGAGUGGCAAAAUGAAGAAAAUGAAGAAUUUUUGCCAACCGGAGAAACCUCCAUAGACUCCUACCCAAACUGGUUAAAAUUCCACAUUGGCAUUAAUCGGUACGAGCUGUAUUCCAGACAUAAUCCUGCAAUUGAGGCUUUGCUACAAGACCUGGUCUCCCAAAAGAUAACCAGUGUUGCGAUGAAAUCAGGAGGCACGCAGCUGAAGCUGAUCAUGACAUUCCAGAAUUACGGACAAGCACUGUUUAAACCCAUGAAACAAACCAGAGAACAAGAAACCCCGCCUGACUUUUUUUAUUUCUCAGAUUAUGAAAGACAUAAUGCAGAAAUAGCAGCAUUUCAUUUGGACAGGAUCCUGGAUUUCCGUCGUGUCCCCCCUGUUGCAGGCAGAUUGGUUAACAUGACCAGAGAAAUAAGAGAUGUUACUCGUGACAAGAAACUGUGGAGAACAUUUUUCAUCUCACCAGCUAACAACAUCUGCUUCUACGGCGAAUGCUCAUACUACUGCUCAACUGAGCAUGCCUUGUGUGGGAAACCAGAUCAGAUUGAAGGCUCUCUAGCUGCUUUCCUACCUGAUUUGUCUUUAGCUAAAAGGAAAACCUGGAGAAACCCUUGGAGACGGUCCUACCACAAGCGCAAGAAAGCAGAAUGGGAAGUUGAUCCAGAUUAUUGUGAAGAGGUUAAACAAACACCUCCAUAUGACAGUGGGACCAGAAUCCUGGAUAUAAUGGAUAUGACAAUUUUUGAUUUCCUAAUGGGUAACAUGGAUCGACAUCACUAUGAAACCUUUGAAAAGUUUGGAAAUGAAACUUUUAUUAUCCACUUAGAUAACGGAAGAGGGUUUGGAAAAUAUUCCCACGAUGAACUUUCCAUAUUGGUGCCUUUAAACCAGUGCUGCAGAAUAAGGAAGUCAACCUAUCUGCGAUUACAGUUGUUAGCCAAGGAGGAGUACAAGCUCAGUCUCUUGAUGAAGGAGUCUUUGCUAAAGGAUAAAGUAGCGCCCAUUCUCUAUCAGCCUCACUUGGAGGCCAUGGACAGGCGGCUACGGAUUGUCCUCAAGGCUGUUAGCGACUGUAUAGAAAAGGAUGGUUACGACAACGUGGUUGAAAAUGACUUUAACACUGAUGUUAACACUGUUACGACCGAGAGGUAGUGAAAUCGUGAAAUCGCAAGACUACGUUUUUACCAGCCAAGUAAAGAAGAUUCAAAAAGGAAAAAAAAAAGAACAAAAGUCUUGCAAAAGACUGUGUAUGCCACUUUGUGAAUUCAGUGAAUUCAGAAAAUGAAAUAUAAUUGUUCCCAAAGUAGGUAAAGUGUAGACUCUGCAAAGGAUUAGUUCAUUAAGAAAAAUAAGUCUAAUGUGAUGCUUUUCGUCAGUACCUAAAAGAGAUUAUGAAAAAAUUCAGAAAAUAUUCAGAUCACUGACAGACUGCAGUCUGAUAGCAAACCACCUCCUGUCCUUUUUGUAUAGAAAGGAGGCCUUUACUUAAUAUUUUGUAUUUAUAUAUGGUAUAUCUGCAAAAUCCAAACCUACCUACCAAAUUUAACUAAAGAGGGACAGCACAGUUUUGUGACUCACACUUAUUUAUGGUGACAGUCCACUUAGUACUUUGUGUUAACCCUUUAAGUGCUCUAAUUCACUGUAUCUUAUUUAAGUUGAAUGCUUUUUCCCCCCCCCAGAUACUCAGCAUUUAAAGGGUUAAGGCAUUACAAACUUCUAAAGGCAAAAAUAACAAUAAUAAUUACAGUGAUUACCAGAAGGGAAAUUCACUAAUUGUUCAUUGACAGGAAUACUUGAAUGUUGGUUUUACAAGUGAUGUAAAAUGACAAGUUGUACUAUUUAUCCAUAAGGAGGUAGCAGCUCUUAUCUUUC